UCUAAAUUCUAAAUCGUAUCGCACUGAAGUGCAGACUGUGCAUUGAUACUCAACGAAGUAAAGAGUGAAAUCUUCUGGCUAAAUCCGCGUUAUUUGUACCAUCUUGCAAUUUUACGCUGUUACGAAAUGAAUAAGCAUCUCAUGUGACCCGAUGUCAGCUGCCAUCAUGGAAAUGCAAUAAUUUGUUUUGUGCAUUUGCACAAUUUAGGAACUGUUUUGGAUCGCUGUACUUUGCAGAUUUUAAAGGUCUUGUUGGAUUCUGGCUCGCUUCUUCCAGUUGCUGUUCCAUUCACGCAGCUCCGUCUUGCUCUUGGUUCCAGGAACUUGUCGUUGGAUGUGUAAAAUGCUUAAUGCUGCAGCAGCCGACAGAAACAAGGACCCGAUCCUCGCUGUAUUAAAACGCAGAGUGACAUCAGACAGGCCUCUGACUGCUUUGGAAAUAUCUUCUGGCACAGGACAGCAUGUCAUUCACUUUGCCAAAGCGUUUCCGAACAUUACGUGGCAGCCGUCUGAAUUUGAAGCACAGUCGAUAUCGAGUAUUGAGGCAUAUAGACAGUAUCAUAAGCUGCAGAAUGUAAAGCCACCCAUCUAUCUUGAUGUGUCUCAGAGUUGGGAGAACUGGGGUGGAAUUCAACCCGAGUCAUGUGACCUCAUCGUGAACAUCAACAUGAUGCACAUCUCACCUCUGGCCUGCACAACGGGUUUGUUUAAUGGUGUUGGAAAAAUGCUGAAGCCACAAGGAUUGCUUUUGACUUAUGGGCCUUAUGCUUUCAAUGGAUCGAUUACUCCUCAGAGCAAUGUUGACUUUGACCAAAGCUUGAGAUACAGAAAUCCAGAGUGGGGUCUAAGAGAUGUGUCACUACUAAAAACACUAGGCCAAGAAAAUGGACUGCGAUUGGAGGAAAUUGUUGAUAUGCCUGCCAACAACAAGUGCUUACUGUUUCACAAGGACAGCGUGGUUUGAUUCUAAUUUCAAUUUGUACAUCAUCUAUACUAUAUCUACAUUUGUGCUGACUCUGCAGUGUUUUAACGGUGCAGAGAUACUGAAUAAUACAAAGCUUUGCUGAAAAUUGUCAUAACUGUCUUUCUGGAAAAAAUGUGGAGGUGUUUUUCACAGCAAAUGAAAGUAAUAAUAAUUUAAACAAAUGUUUAAAAUGCACAUAAUAUUGAUAGAGCCAGACUGAGAUCUGAGCAUCUGUGAAUUUCUUUGAUCAUCUUCAUUGGUCAUUUGACUUCUAGUUUUGCAGUGUUAUUCAAUGAUUUACCAUGCUAACCAUAGUUUUUGCUACGAAUGUUUUGUAAAAUACAGUUUAAGUUUGUUGACCAAUCACCAUGUUCCGAAAAGGAAGAAAACUGAUCAAAUGUAGGCCUUGUAUCUUGAAUGCAGUGUAAAUUGCUUUGGAUAUGCCUUUAAGCCAAAUGCAUACACUACCAGUCAAAAGUUUUUGAACAGUAAGAUUUUAAAUGUUUUUUAAAGACAAUUUUGAGAUAUUUUUAUUUUUUAAAAUAACUGUUUUCUAUUUGAAUAUAUUUUAAAAUGUAUUUUUUUUCCCCUGUGAUUACAGCUAAAUUUUCAUCAUCAUUACUCUAGUGUCACAUGAUCCUUCAGAAACCAUUCUAAUAUGCUGAUUCGCUGUUCAAAAAACAGUUAUUAUUAUUAUUAUUAUUAUUAUUAUUAUUAUUAUUAUUGUUAUUUAAAACAGUACUUUUUUCAGGAUUCUUUAAUGAAUAGAAAAAUCCAAAGAUUAGCAUUUAUCUAAAAUAAAAAGCUUUUGUAUUAUACUAUUAAUCAGUAUACUAUUGUUAUUAUUAUUAUUAUUAUUAUUAUUAUU